GGCAAUAAUACAGAUGUAAUAAAUCAAGAAGUAAACAAAAUGGCAACAGGAGGUCAACCACAGACGCCAGACAACCGUUUAUAUUUGUUUCGGUUACAAAUACUAGUCGUUGAUGGUGGCUUGCUGGUAUUGAGAAAUAUACUGGACCAGUCCCUGACAUAUCAAUGCAUAACGUUCAGUGCGUGCUUGAAUCAAGAAAAGUCAACAAUAACACAUUUGAAAAGCCGCGGUGUUAUAACCCAGGUCCAAUAUGACCUAUUGUUUCCAGCGGGUGGUAAAGUCCCAACUUCGUCAGAUUUGGACAUCACGCUUAUUAUUUGUCUUCUUAGAAACCUGAAAUGUUUUGGAUUAAAUAAAAAAUUUGACUGGAGGGCAACACCAGCUACAACCGAUGUUACAAUGGAAGCAGACAUAUGUCGGUUAAAGGAGUUCCGAAAUAAAAUAAGUCAUAUAUCAACAACGACUGCAAUACAACAAAAUGAUUUUACAGCUUGGUGGAAUGAUAUUGAACAGAUACUUGUUCGUCGAAGUUCCCCAGCUUUGAAUAUUCAGCAAACAAUUGCCGAAUUCAAAACUUGCCCUCUUGAUACGGAAGAAGAGAGAAGGAUACAGGAAGAAAUUAAAAAAUGGAAGGACUAUGAAGCCGAUGUUGACCGACUGAAACAGCAAAUGGCAGACAUGAAAGAAAACCUUAAUGAGAUGAAAAGACGGCAAGGGGCAG